UCUUUGACUCGUUACAUGAAGAAACGGUAUCAGAAAGAAAAGUGUUCUGCUGCUGACAAAGCCCAUAAGAAAUCGUGUGUUACCACAGUCGGCUUCAGGAUGUCCAGUGUUAAAGUCUUACUUCUCAUUCUGUUGAUGGCCGGUGAUUCGCUGUGUCAACAAGCUUCAGAACCCAUCUGCACAGGAGUUGAUGACUUUGAGGACUGUCAGGGUGAUACAGAUGACUUCUGUCCAACUACUAUUUCUUGUCAAUGUAAAGAUGAAAAACCUUUUUGCAGAUGUAAUAACUUCAGAGUGGACUGGAGGGAUUAUUGGUACAUGGGUCCCAAAUGCGACCAGCUUUGGAACACGCUGGAUUUGAUUUUAGUAACUGUUCUUCCUGCAGUGGCACUGUCUUUCAUAGUUGGUGUAAUAUUUCAGUGUGUGUACUACUGUAAAAGUAGAAAAGCCAGGAAACGGACAAGGCUUCCACACCGUGCGUCACGGCAUAAUCCUGCAUAUAGCGCUGAGCUGGCUGAUAACUUGGGACAUGCUUCUCGGCAACUGCCAAAGGAUGUCUGGGCUGGACAAAAUAUGAGAAUGCCAAAAGUUGAACUGACAAGACAAGCUUUUGAUCAGCCCUCAACCCCAAGUCGGACAGAAGGUUACAGUCACAUGCCAGUGAGGAGUCCAGAUCCACUAAGGGACUAUCAUCCCACACACCAGCCUCAUCAACAUGAUAGAUUUGCCUAUCCAAACAAUAAUUUGUCUUAUCCAGAUUAUGCAGAGGAGAGACGGUAUCCGAAAUAUGAUGUAUCAGCAUUUCCUAGAUCUGAAAUGUCUCACAGUGCUGCACAACCAAGGGAUGAUCCAAAUUAUGAGAGACCAGUAAGACCUCAUGGGCUAGGACACUCAGGAAAUAGAAAUAACUACUAGAAAUUCUUAGAAAUUCUUGCAAAAGAAAAGGUAUAGAAAAUAAUUAUGAAACAAAACAUGAUGUUUAUGAAAAUACCAUCUGAUUACUUACUGUGUAACUAAUGACAUUUUAACUUUUUUUGAAUACUUGAUUUUACAUUUAGUUCAUAUAGCUGCUUGUAAUUAGUGCUUAAAUUCUUGCACAUCUAUCAGCACCCCUGGGUUCUUUUGUGAUUAACAGUGUUGUCCUUUGCCUGAAUGGCAAGAAGUACCUAUCACAAACAGCUUUUCCUGAGGAAAACUCAUGAGAAAGGAAGAACUCUUCUCAAAACUCAGAAAUGACAAACAUGCAUGGUAAUCAUCAUUCUUCCUUUGUUGCUUCCCCACAAAGGGAAGGUUUAAAUCCUCAUUAAAUGGAAAGUGGGGAGGUGAGGCAUUUAUUCUUGUUUCACAAGAAGUCUUCUUCAAAGACAGCUUCUGCCAGACAGUUUUUGCUUCUCAGUGUCUAUUUGGCCCAUCCUUUUAUUUGUAAUGUUUGCUUCACUCUGUGUCAUGAUCUCCCUCUCCGUGCAUUCUUCUGGUUCCUCACGUAACGCUUUUACUAGGACCAUGAAUUUCUCUGUCGAAAAUUACAAAGGUUCUUCAGGACAGCAUAGCAUGCAGAGUCUGCUGUUCCCUGACUCUGACUUUUAUUUCUUUUUUCCCUUAAAGAGCCAAUAUUUAAGGAAUGAAAACCACAAAUCAGAUACAAUUUUGAACUGCAUAGUAAAAUCUGUAUUCUUGUGUACACAGAUGACCUACAGAAUUACGUAGAGGGGAAGGCUCUGUUCUCAGGCAUUGCCACGUAGUCUCACUAACUCUGGUAGCAUUGUACAAAUGUAACCAAGGACUCGGCUUUCCAGUAUUCCAAGAUGCAAUCAAAUACUAAAGUAUUGACUGUAGCCACCUGAGCCUGUGAGCACAUUCCAUUGUCCCUUGUUUCUUUUUCACUUUGUGUCUUCCUUAAAUAGUUAUCUCUUUGAUCUUAACAGCCCAAAUGUUUUGCCUUUCGAAACACAGUGGCUUUCAUUGUAACCUGUUUUAUAAAUAGUAAAAUUAAUAAAUAAAUAAGAUACCAAA